GUUUAUUCACACGUGAAACCAGUUUCGUCAGAUGGUUAAACUCUUCUCUGGGUUCAAUUCUGUCGCUCUCCUUCGAUCUGUGGUACUUACACGACGUUUACAUUGUCGUAGUUUCCUAUCAUCUCAAAUUAGUGAAAUUAUGAAGCUUUACACCGACCGAGGAAAUCCAUUUCUGCUCAGCAUUUUGGCAGCAAAAAAUCUAGCAGGCGUUCCCCUUACUGUUCAAUACAUCAAUUAUGAAGAUGGAAGCAAAUUUAAUUGUCCUGGAAAUAGGAAGCUUCCAGUCCUUGAAGCUGAACAUGGAAUUUUAUUAUACAGUACAAACAGUAUAUGCAGGUAUCUGUUGGACCUCAAGAGAAACUCAGAAGAAACACCUGACCCCAGCAAAGAAGCAGUUGUUGAUCAGUGGGUGGAGUGGGAGAGUAUAACCUUGCAGCCUGUACUCUUCAAACAUCUUGUAUCAUCUAUUGGCCUGGGUAGGCAAACAAGCGGUCACUUUGAUGAUCUGAUGAAAUUACUGACACAUGCUGAUCAAGCCUUAUCUGCUCACAAAUUUUUCUCUGGGGAUCAACUUGGUUUAGCAGAUGUCAUUCUUUGGGGUUCACUUCAUCCUUUGUUUAUCUCUGAUUCAAGCUUCUCUGCUGCAGAUCCUCAGAUGAACAACGUUAAAAGAUGGUACGGCCACCUCAUGUCUCAGGAUGUUUUCCAUAAAAGUUCUUCUGAGGUGACAGGAGGCAAAGGAGUAUCUACUUUUAAGGAUUCUUUGCUGGCCAUGUCUGGAACACAGGUUCCACCAAGUUCAAAACCGCAGGAAGUAACGAAAUCAAAACAGAGUAUAAAAGGAUUACAGCCACCUCGUCAAGAAAAAGGGAAUGGUGUUCCACAAGACGAGGCAGUUCAAGCCAGAGUUGCUUCAAGUGAGGAAAUCGCUGAAGCUGUCAAAAACUGGAAUCAUGGAAGCAAAAAUCGGCCGAAAAGUCGCCGGCUUGUGGACCCAAUUCUACCCAUUGAAGGAGAAAAGAAUAUCCUUAUCACGAGCGCCUUGCCCUAUGUGAAUAAUGUGCCUCAUUUGGGGAACAUCAUUGGCUGUGUCCUUAGUGCUGACGUGUUUGCCAGGUAUUGUCGCCUUCGUCAGUACAACACGCUGUACAUCUGUGGAACGGAUGAAUAUGGUACAGCCACUGAAACUAAGGCGUUAGAAGAAGGUCUUACACCUCAGCAGAUCUGUGACAAAUACUUCAAGAUUCACAAAGAAGUCUAUGAGUGGUUUAAAAUCAAGUUUGAUUUCUUUGGAAGGACAACUACACAACAACAGACCGAAAUCGCUCAGGAUAUUUUCUGGCGUCUUCACAAGCAAGAUCACUUAGUGGAGGAUACACUAGAACAGCUGCAAUGUGUUGACUGUAAAAGAUUUCUGGCUGAUCGUUUCGUUGAAGGUACCUGUCCUUUCUGUAACUUUGAGGAUGCCAGAGGGGAUCAGUGUGAUUCUUGUGGAAAGCUUAUAAACGCCAUCGAACUUAAGAAACCUAGGUGUAAAGUUUGUGGAGGAACGCCAAAAGUGAGAAGUAGCAAGCAUUUGUUCCUGAACUUGACUAAGCUUGAAUCAUCGUUAAAAAGUUGGGUGGACAAAUCGUCUACGGAAGGUACAUGGACGUCAAACGCACGCCAUAUUACCCGAGGAUGGAUCCAGGAGGGGCUCAGACCAAGGUGUAUCACGCGUGACUUAAAAUGGGGCACCCCGGUUCCUUUGGAGGGAUACACAGAUAAAGUCUUCUAUGUGUGGUUUGAUGCACCAAUAGGAUAUCUUUCAAUCACAGCAAAUUACACAAAAGAAUGGGAAAAAUGGUGGAAAAACCCUCAACAAGUCACUCUCCAUCAGUUCAUGGCAAAGGAUAAUGUCCCUUUCCACACUGUUGUGUUCCCGUGCACUCUGAUUGGUGCAGACGACAACUACAGCCUACUGAAUUCCAUUAGCGCAACAGAAUACCUUAAUUACGAAGACGACAAAUUCUCAAAGAGUCGUGGACUAGGGGUGUUUGGUAAUGAUGCAGCCGACACGGGUAUCCCAGCAGACAUCUGGAGAUUCUACUUGCUGUAUAUGAGACCUGAGAACCAGGAUAGUGCUUUUAGCUGGACGGACUUUGUGUCACGGAAUAAUAGUGAACUACUCAACAACUUUGGUAACUUCAUCAAUCGAGCCCUCAUGUUUGUACAGAACUUCUUUGGUGGUGCCAUACCCAUCAUAGAUUUGACUGAUGAGGACAAGAAUUUCAUAGCUCUUAUCAAUAAAGAAUUGAAGACAUACAUCGAUGAUCUGGAGAAAAUGAGGCUCCGAGAAGGAUUAAGAGGCGUGCUGAACAUAUCCAAACUUGGUAAUCAGUAUUUUCAAUCCAACCAGCCAUGGGUUCUCGUCAAGGGUAGCGAAUCAGACAGGUCACGUGCCGGCACAGUUAUUAGCCUCGCGGCAAAUCUCUCCUGGCAGCUCUCUGUUCUUAUCCAUCCCUAUAUGCCAAGUGUAAGUGAAGAGAUUCAACGCCAGCUACAGGUCUCCGACGAUGGAAAUGUUGUCUUGGAUAACUUCAUUCCUUAUUUACAGCCUGGUCACAAAAUUGGAAAGCCUAAACCGCUGUUCCAAAAGAUUGAUGCGUCCGUUGCUGAUCAAUUUCGCGCAAAGUAUGGCGGAAACAAACAAAAAAAACAAACGGCAGGCGAGGAAGCAGCUAACACUUCUGACGGGAAUGCCGCUGACAUGGACGUGGCAACAUUGCAAGCAGAGAUUACCAAGCAGGGCGACAAGGUUCGUAAACUGAAAACGGAAAAAGCUGAGAAAGAAAAAGUAGACGCUGAAGUGGCUAUUCUUUUGGCGCUUAAGAAAAAACUGGCCGUCGCCGAGGGAAAAGAUCCAAACGAACAAGAAAACAAUUCAAAAGGGAAAAAGAAAGGAAAAAAGAAGUAAAUUAUUGAUACUGUUUGUGUAUUGAAUACAUGGCUUACAGUUUUAAAUCUUUCGACGUAGACCACAUUUUUAUUCAGGUGUAAUGAUUAAAAAAAAUAAAUGAAUCGAAUUGUACUGACCCAGCCAUCGGGAGAGGAGCUUGGAGUAAUAGACUACAAAACAUUCUUCAAAACCCGAGGUUGCGUCUGCGUCUGCGUCGUCCAAAUUUUUCAAAAUGGCGAAAGCAAAUAAAAGUCUCCGUCUUCUAUACUCUGUAGUUUUUGUAACUUUGCAUAUACUCCUUGAAACGAGAGUAACUGGUUCGCAAAACAAUCUUGAUGGAAUAGUUAAGAAGUAUUUAAAACCAAGAAACUUUUCAUGACAUAAAAUUUUCACUGUAAUACAAAAGUGUCAUAAUUUAUUUUCAUCAUUAUGUCCUUUCGUAUGCGUGAAUAAAUGAAAUUAACUGAAAGAAUUACAUCCUGGAGCGUAAAGUGCUAUCCGUGGCUGUAACAGUUUAGAAGUCCAGUGCUAUUCUUUGGAUACAUGAUAUCUCUAUCAAGUGCUGGAGUAACAUUGUAGGCUGAAUUAUUUAUGCUUGUCUGCGAACGUGACUUACAGGCUUACU